GCAUCACCGGCGCAUACCAUGUCCCACGGCCGUCCGUCCACGUCGUCGUCGUAUACCGCAGUGCGUAGUGCGUAGCGUAGUUUUCAUCCCCGUCCCGUGCCAUCCCGUGCCGUCCCGUGUCGCCGUCGUCGCCGUCUACAGCCCGCGUAGACUUCUGCACGUCCGCGAUGCUGCCCGCGCUCCUGCUGGCGUUGCUGGCGGUGGCCUGCAAUCUGGUACGGCCGGAAGUGCUCACGCCGCCGUAUUUUAACCUGGCCGAGGGCCGCCGGAUUACGGCCACGGCCACCUGCGGCCAGGGCCUGCAGGGCCCCGAGCUUUACUGCAAGUUGGUCGGCGCCAACUCCGAGCGCAACGUCGACUACGAGGGUAACCUCGUCAUACAGGGACAGGUGAGCGAGCGCUUAUGGUGUAUGCUGCUGGGGGAGGGGGGCGAGCGAUCGGGUCACACCUCUCGUAUGAUCCCGUUUCCCGUGUACUGCGGGGACCAAUCCAGUGCCAUCGACGGGAACGCCCGAUGACGAAACGCGACGGGAAAAUCCCGAAAAAAUAUCCACGGGGAAACGCGUUUAAAUUUGUGUUCGUAUCGGAUGAAAAUCGGCGAACCGAUCGGGCAAAGUGGCUCUCUAUCAUUGCCGGCAGAGUCGGAUUUCCGUGAGCCGUAAUUUCGGACACGGACGUUAAACAAACUCGAAAACACCGUUGAACUUUUGACUUUUUCUACAAAAAUCGUUUCUCUUUAAACGUAGCAGGCGUCCUCUAAGUUUUUCGAAACUCUCCCCCCCCUCUUCCUCGAUUUAUACGUUUGAGGGCCGACUCGUGUUAAUAUCCUCUUAGGCCCCCUCCGUAAUCCGCUUCCGGGUCCGUGACACGGCGCGGGCCAUGCACAGCGAAGACAGAGACGCGGCUAGAAAUAUUUUUCCGCGCGGGCCAGACAAAAUAACGUGCACAUGUUUGAACAGAAAACGCUACCGACACAAAUUUUCGAUUUUAGAACUGUGUUGGUUUUCGGAGAAAAGCGGGUUGGACCCUGGCCCUAAGGCCGUCUUCGAGGAGCGGGACAUCGUCCGUUUGCCGCUAUACGGCCGGUGUCCGUUUUUUACAGAAGUUUAAAUACGUAUGUGAAAUUACAUUUUAGGACCAUACGAAUAUUUCCCGUUUUACACAGUGCGUCCGUUUUAUCGCGGGUCACGGGGUCUGGCGGACGGUAAUUAUUGUUGCCAUCCGUAAACCGAAAGUUCGUGCGUCUGGCGGAUACCUCGUCGGUAAUCGUUGUUAUUAUGCCACGUUUUACUCGUGGCGUGAUGUGUUUUAAACAAAUUGUUUUUACCACGGCGUGUGUUUUUUGUUCCGUCUGCGAACAGCCUUUCUACCGAAAAUCGUGGUCCGGUGUACCACGUUAGUGUAACACCUUUUCCGAAUGGGAAAUUUUUUUCUAAAUGGGCAGGCCGUUUUUCGAAUUUCCUAAGGGGUUUUCGUAAUAGUUGAGAAAACAAAUUAUCCGAAAAACGGUAAAUAUUUACGGCGCGACGUGACGUUACCGCGCGCCUUCAUUGUUUGAUAUUUUUGCAAACUAUGUUUUCUACCAGAAUUAUUGCUCCAUUAGAAAACCGACGAAAACUGAAAAAACGAACGAGAAAAUUAGCAAUAAUAAAGCUUUUAUUUUCAAUUUUGUUUUUUUGGUUCUAAUUCAGUUAAAUGUAUUCAUAGAGACUUGAAAUUUUAACACAAAACUAAAAUCAAACAACGACUUUCUUAACCACAAACUAGACAAAAUAUUCUUUUAGAAAAUAUGAUAUCCUUGAAAUUCGACAAAGAUUUCUAAUAUAAAAAUAUAAUCUUACACAUUUUUAACAAUGAAAUCGUACCGUAAUAUGAAAAAAAUCGUAUUUUUUCGUAUUUUUGAUUUUUUCCCACUAUUUUAUAAGUACUACUUUAGGUAUCAAAAAAUGAUUUUCUCUGUCAGUGGCAAAAUCGAUCUUAUAUCAUUUUCAGUUUGAGUAAUAUUUCUGGUAGAAAACAUAGUUCGCAAAAACUAAAAACAAUAAAUUCGUAACACAUAUAUGGGCGUGCCGUAAAUAUUUGCCGUUUUACCUAUAGUUUUCUUUCAGUUUUUUUUUUCAAUUAUUUUGAAAACCCUUUGGAAAAUAAAAAAAAAAAAUGUUUAAUGCGCCAAUUAGACAAAAUCACCAUUCAGAAAAGGCACUAAAAGUAUAAAUCGGAGCAAGAUUUCUUGUUUAAAAGACGCUUACAGAUAAAAAAAAAAUAAAAGAUGUACACUUUAUAGUUAAACAAUUAGAUUCCUCGGUACGCUCCGAAUUUAAAACAUUUAAGCCAUUUUUGAGCUAUUUAUAAACAUUUAAAUUUUGUGAGUUUUUUAUGUAACUUUUAUUUGGAAUAGGUACUCUGUGAAUAAGAAUCGUUAGACUAAACAGAAAUGCUUGACAAUUUAAUAGCAAGUUCAACAUAAGUCGUACUUAAUAGACAAAAAAAAAAAAAAAUUAAAAUAAUGUAAUAUUUUUUUUAUUAUUUUUAUAACAGUUUUACUAUCAAGUCUUCCCAAAAAUCUUCAAAAUUUCAAACACGUUUAACUGAAUUUCCGAAUCGUUUUUCGUUAGCAAUACCUUCGCUUACAGACAUAAAUUAAAUAACUUUCCCAACUUUCCCAAUCUAACCUUCCCAUCUUCCCACCUAAAACGGCGGCACACCCGUCCUCAGCAUCAACUAUUUGUAUUUAUUCUUUUGGUCACGCUUCGUGCAGACCCAUAUCUAAGAGAGUGCGUUAUUUUAUAUAAGAUCGCCGAGUCCGAAUAAAAAUAUUUCUCCGUCGAUUCCGUUCAAUUUGACGGAGAUCCGCGGUACACGGGUCUGGCGCACAACCAACCGGCGGACUUGUAGAUUUUCUGUACAUGGCCGGUGCCCGUUGAUAUUAUUUUUCUAUGGACCCGUGCCAGAGGAACCGUUCGAAUCCGCGUUCCCGGGAAAUCAAACCGAUUGUUUCCUACUCAAACGCGGUGAAAUAAUAACGUUACGUUAUACAAUUUAUGGUCAUACCACUAAAACUAAUGUCGAAACAAACUAACACAGAAAUAAUAUAAUUUUCUCCUUCGCCUUCAUUUCAACUAUUUAGGGUUGGCCGCCCUGUACUUCCACUUGACCCGAUCCCUCGCAUAGUUCUCAAUCGCAUCCGAUUACCUAUUUUCCGAUUUUCCUUUGCUCCCCUUUCUUUCUACGUUUAUUUCAAUCACAAUUUUCCGUGCAAAAAUCAUUACUCUCCUUAGCACGACGACGCGGGGCCUUCGUUGGCUUAUAUACCGCACCGUGACUUAACCGAGUUUAGCUUAUUAAUCGACGGGACUCUUAUGGAAUGACCGUACGUGAAUGAUUUUCGCCAUUUUUCUCAGCCAACAUAAUACCGUUUCAACAUCUAUCCAUAUCACGUUUGAUAUUGUUUGAAUUCGUGAAUCGCAUACAUCAUACAUGUUAUACAGUACGUAAAACGUCGCCGUGUGUCAAAAAAAUAACUUUCCCAACGUAUGAAAGCUCCUAGAAUGUUUAUGAUUGCAGCAAUCUCUGGUCGACAAUUCGUUCACAAGCAGAAAAAAAAACCCAUUUUAGGUUAAAAUCUAUAGUAUUUCAGUUUAUCGACCGAAAUACAAUAAAUUCCGUGGUGAUUUUUUUUUUUUAUGCCCCGUCGUGAAAUUUCCCUAUGUCCCAAUCCACAAGUACUGGGACUAGAGUGCCCAACCUACAUCUAGUGGGAUAAGAAAACGGACUCUAAACUUGAGACCAUCAAGUAGUUUGCAACGGUUUAAUAACGAUAACACAAUAAAACCGACAUGGCGGUUAGUUGAUAUAUUAGUGUUAAAUGAAUAGUUUGCAAGUUUCGCGUCUUUGAACAAAUAUUUAUAUAGCCCCAUAUCCCCACCCCAUAAAAAAAAAUAAACGACCCAGCUGAGUAAAGUAUAUAUAUAUACAUAUAUACGUAUCCAAGAUCGUACUUGAGAAGGAGUUUCGGGGGUUUAAACACUAUCCCGACAUUUUUUCGUGAUUCAUUAUAGUUGAAAAUUAUCUAUUUAAUAUUACAAUAAAAUUCCACACAUUUUUUGAUAACAACCUCUCCGAAAUUAUUUUCCAGUUACGGCCGUGUGCGAAUCCAUAGUAAAAUUUGUGAAUUUUCCUCAAUUACGUAUUUCGAAAACGAUUAUCUAUUCAAAAGAAGAGUUCUCGCGGAGUACGUAUAUAAACCACCUCGAAGAACCCCAUUAUUUCUAUACUUAACAACUUUGUUGAACAUUGUCUGCUUGAGACUCGAGAGUCACUUCUCUGUUAGGUAAUCAAAUUAAUGAUUAAUUCUCGAAUUGUCGAGUUUUCCCUAUUGUAAGCCUUUUUUUUUUUUUUUUAAUUUGGCAUUUUUCAACUUGUUUAAUGUUUACGCGACUACUUUGCAAUACGUCACGUAAUUUUUUUAACCGGAUUACAUUAAUUUCGUCAACACUUUGCGAAUAUUUUCUCUUUUUAUGGAACCGACGUUAGAAAUACAGGAUCGUAUUUUAACCCUCCCCGAAAAAGUUUUUUUCAAAACGUUAUUAUUAUUAUUUUUUUAAUACACUGAAUUUUUAAGUGUUUGGACAAAUUAUUAUUAUUUUUGUAUUUUGAAAACUACAGAAACAAACCAAUUCACCCCUCCCCCCCCCAGUCGAUAAAGGCGAUAAAAUCAUCCAAUUAAGUGUCACGAAUGAUUGGAUUUUACCGUUAUGACUAUAAUAUUAUUAUAAUUAUUGUUAGUGAUUAUAAUAUUUAUGUAUUAUUAAUAAUUACAAAUGUACACGAUCACAUUUCCAUGCACUACCCCUUAAGAUUAUUACUACUCGUGUUAGAGGUGUAGUUCUUAAUAAUAAAUUGUCAAAUGUACAUCGUUCAAUAUUACAGACACACAAUAAAAGAAUCGUGGUAAUUAGAUUGUUUUUAGUACGCCAGAUGUUUUCGGAUUUAUACGCGUCUCGGUAUUAUAAAAUGUUAAGUAUACUGUACGUAAUAAUAAUAUUAGAGUACACUACGGAUUUCGAAGCGUUAAAAUAAAUUUUAGAAAAAACGUUUGAAAUAAAAAUCCGCUCUAAAAACGCUUUGAAAAACAAACCAUAGAUCAUUGGUUUUUAAACAUUUUAUGAAAACGGGCCCGAUAGAAGGUAAAAAAAAAAAAAAAAAUAAAAACGUAUUUUAUUCCACGUUGCAUAAAUCGUAUUAAAUUUAUCAUUGAUAAAUACUUUACUUUUGAACUAUAGAGGGAAAAAAACCGAUAAAUUCGUGUUCAAAUUACGGAACGAGUCCGAUUUUUUUCUUUCGAUUAUAUAGGCGCUUCUCGAUAUAUUAUAUAUCUUUUAGAUAUGUCAGGGAAUGAUUAGAAAUUGGUGACGUUUAGAGGGGAGCGUGGAUAGUGAAUUAUACUGUAAAGAUGUCAUAAAGGUUAUUCUGGAUCGGUUCAACGAAAACGAUACGAUGGUAAAUUGUAUUACGUUGUUGGCCCCUUACUCAGGCGAAGAACCCGCAAAGUAACCGUUUGAUUAUACUGGAGGCGAAAAUCGCCAUUUGAGCGAUAUAAUAAUAAUAAUCGAAAGGGUAUUUAAUGAUUAGCUCUUUUUGUUUUUUUUUUUUUUUUUUUUUAGGGGAAGCUAAUACGAAUCGCAAUUUAAUUUUUAAUCAUCGAUAAAAGUGUAUAUUAUUAUUAUUAUUUUUUAUCCACUGAUAGCGUGACCGAAGAACAAAAAAAAAACAAAAACAAAACUACCUAUACGGUAAUAAUUUAGUAACAACAUAUAGGACGUAGGUAUAUAAUUUAAUUAUAGCUAUUAAUUAUUAUUACGAAACGUAAUUUUAUGGUCAACCUAAUUUCGAGACGUGAACAUAAUAAUACAAUAGGUACCUACCCUUUUUGGUUAAACACAUGCUUACCCUCGACGGAUACCGACGCCGCAACCCUGUGCUUAUAGAAUCGAUAUUCACGGGGGGAAAACAAAAUAUUCAAAUGGAUUAUAUACCUAUUGAAAAAGACAAACACCACAAUCUUUAAGGUCCUGCGUGCCGUUUUUUUUAUCACAAAUUGUGUACAUUUUAAUACUAAUAAAUCUUCAUAGAUAUCAACAAAUAGUUCAAAAUGUUUAGGUUAUUACGUCUGCGUAUUGGUUUUUUUUUUUUUGUUUUACUUGAAAUAUCCUUUACAGAAAAAACUCCCCCAUCUCGCGACUUGAUCCUAUUACGAUCGAUUUUUUUUUCAGUUAGAAAAACUUCCUAGUGGUCUUUCAAUAUUUUUUAAUCAAAAACUACUGACAAUCGUGAAAAUCGGUCAGAUUAAACUCUUAAUAACAACAUUUAAAAUGGAACGUUCAAAAAGAACAAAUCCAAUUAGUGACGACUUAGAUGUUUUCUUUUUUCCAUUAAUCAAAAAAAAAUUUUUUUACCUACUGAAAUCGGAUCUCUCUACGCGUUAUUCCGGUAUUUACGGUUUUCCUGUAAAUCAUGUUCAUGAAAAAAACAGACAUGUUGCAUACAACAGACCUUUAGAACGAAAUUUCAGUCUUUUACAAUUCUAGCUCGUAUGUUGCGGUUGUCGGUUUACCAAAAAACAGUGGUAAUUAAAUAUCGAGAUGAAAUAAUUGUCACCGUAUAAUUACGAAGUAAAACAAUCAAAGAAAAAUAUGAAAUUGUACACACGUUUUUCGUACCUAUAAUCUACUGAUAUAAUAUUAUAUUGUAGGACCUAUGGUAGGACAAUAAUUUUACCUAAUGAAGUUUUGUGUAUAAACUUCGUUCGUAUGUGCGUUACGUUCCUUUGUCGGAAACUUCUACUUUCAUCUCGUCAAAUUAUUAACCGCGUGAAAGUUAAACAUUUCAGGUGGCGUGGGCGAAGUACCUACACAAUUAUGGAGGAGAGGAGAAGUAAACAAUAUUCCAGUGCGCAUUGUAGUACGAAUUAAUGUUGUAUAGUUCUAUGUAAAUACUUACUAUUUCACAUAAUUGAUCCAAUUAAAAAGGCCUUUCUGCAAUAUAGUUUAUCAAGCUCUCUAUAAUGAUACGAUGUACCUAGAAGAAGAGCCCGUGCAGCAAAACCCGGCUUUUCGAAAUUGAAUUAAUUCGCAAUCGAAUAAUGAAAUAUUCCAAAGGCAAUGAAGGAUAUUAUAUUAUAAUAUUUUAGUUCUUGAUAGCAUUGAUUCUUGAAUGUCCCAAUUGCCGCCUCCUGGAUCCUGCAGAAAAAUGUUGAGAUGGUACGGGUGUGUUUGGAAAAGAAAAAACGAGGACGGUGAGAUAGUCAUUAGGAUUGGCGAGUUGUAAGAUGGAAACGGAAGCCGGAAUAUAGGUUUAUUAUAAGAGAGAGAGACGAAAAAAAAACCUAACACGACUUAUAAUAAUAAUUACUGUGCUUAAAAUCGUUAUUUUUCACCAAUCAUUGAUAAAGAAAGACAAUUAUCGUUGCUUAUCGUUGCGAACGAGUGCAUACAUAAAUUAAAUAUUAUUACUCUAUACAUCCUCCUUUCCGACUUCUCUGCUAAAACGGUGAAACAAGUAUCAGCCACACGGUAUCGGUCUUAUUAUUAUUCGUUUAUUUAUCGACCCGUUGCUACAUACUCGUAUAUUUUACUAGACUAAUUUACUAAUACAUCUGGCGUAUCAAAUUAAUUAUUUAUUUAUCGAUUUGUAGCUAUAGGUACCGUUAUUGCAUUUUGUGUAUAUCGGCAAAGCACUAUUUUUUUAUUUUCAUAACGCACUAUAGUUAUAUUUUAUAAGUGAUAUUUAUUAAAAUGCUACUUUUAAUACUUGAAUUAAUUACAUUUUUUAUUAUUAUUAUUAUUAUUAUUGAACGGAAACCUAUAUAUUAUUUCCAAGAAUCGGGCUUUAGAAAACUUCGUCAAUUUGUAAAAAAUCUGUUUUUGAUGAAAUAUUUUCCCUUGUUUCUCUUGCCUCUCAAUAAUAAAUUAUUAAUUAUAUAUGUUCGCCUUCGUACAAACAUUUUUUAGUUUGCGUUUUUUUUAUCAAAUUUCCAAUAACUGUCAAAUUUUAUACGAAUUACUUAUUUUAUAGUAUAAAAUUAUAAUCAUAUUAUAUUCUAAAACGUUAAAUCAUCUUUAUAUUUUAGGGGAUGAAUCGGCUAUCCAUUGACGAGACAUUCUAUUUUUAAGCUCAAGUAAGGGAAGAGUUAUAGUGGUGUAUCAUUUGUGUGGCAGCACAGCGCGCGGCGUUUGAAUAGUGCUUCGCUACUCCUCCCCUACAUUAACUUUAAAGUGGAAUAUCUCAUCAACGGGUUGAUUAAAAUCAAAUAUGACAACACCAAAAUGUAUUUAAACCAAUACUCCGUUUAUUUGUGGAGUGUUUAAUAUAGGUUUCUAUUUAAAAAUCAAAAAUAAAUAAACGUUUCAACCUCAAAAAUAAGCGUGACAAAUAUAAGCAACAAUACAUGUUCCAACAUUUUAGAAUACAUAAUUUCAAAAAGUUUUUAUGUCAUUGGAAAAAAAUAAGCAUUUCAUCGAAAAUGUGACUGUAACGUGAAAUUUCGACGACCAUGUACAAUAUUUAUAUUUAAUUUUAAAAUAUUAUAUCACGAAGGUCGUAUUGUCGUUGUAUUAUAUAUUUUAUAGCUGUAUCUACCGAAAAAAAAAAAUAAUAAUAAUAAGACGAAAUGUGCAGUGUACAUACAUGAAUAUUUUAUCCGCGAAAUAAUUCCACGUGUCUGCAUUUUAUAAAAGGGUUAAAAAUCAUCAACUUCGGAAUAGAGAUUUAACGAAACACAUUUUCUGGAAUUAAAUAUUUAAACGCGCUAUACAACUAUAUUGAGUAUACGUUGCAUUUAAAGUGACUCGUCGUCGUGUCAAGCGAAAUGAAUGCGCCGCAUAAAUAAUACACGAACAUUUUAAUUUCCAAUUGUGGUGUUUGAAUCUUCGAGUUUCUAAAUUAUUAAAUGUAUUUGAAAAAAAAAAAAAUUAGUAAGUAUACUUUUUAACGUUUCCUGCAGCAAUGAAGGGUUUGUCAGUUAAUAAGUAAAAUAUAACUCGUCGUUUUUACUGCAAUAUAAUGCGUAUGCUUAUUUGUUUUUGUGUAGCUUUCAGAAUGAUCAAAAAACAUUCAAGAAAAAUGACACUUAUCUAUAUUGUAUUGACAUUUGUUAUUGUUUUAGAUAUGGUUACUAAUCUCAUUAUGAUAGCACAAGGUUUUGAUAUAAGUGAUGUUAUUAUUUUAUCGUGAUUUACAGUAUUACCUAACCAAACGAAUUAUUGAACAAAACAUUACCGGAAACAAUAUUUUUUAAUUAACAUCGAUAUAGUGAUCACAUUUUAUCAGAGCAAAUGGUGAAUUAUUUCUUUAUGGAUAUAAAAGUAUUUUUUUUCGAGUGAGUGCCUAUAUAGUCUCCAUUCAAUAUGUUGUUUAUGAAAAAUGCAGUUUGUAAACCAUAUAAAACCUAACGGUGGAGAGUUGCCAGUAGACGUGAUUUCGAGAAUGAACGAGAAAAAACAGUUUGUUUGUUUCUCGUUUUUUGUAGAGUAGAUCAAGACUUGUUUGGUCCCUUAAAUAAUUACUUUACCAUUACUCGACAAUAGGUUCUUUACAACACAGACCCUUUCAGAGAACUGCAAACUAUUGUAGUAUACCCAAUUAAUACCUAACAGGAAUUAUCCGUUUUUAUUCCUAAUAUUAAUGUUUGAACAUUUUGGCAAAUAACAAGUUGGCUUUCCUGUUGUCGGUCCGAACUCGGACUUAAGGAAGUGUAUAAACUAUACUUUAGUACUUUCCCGAAUAGUCAAACAUCAAAAUAGAAACUUCUUGUGACGGAUUACUAGUCUGAACAUCAUGUGAACAAAUUAUGAAUUUAACAUCAUAUACCUAGUAAUUUAACAGAGGAACCAUUAGUUUUUGAAGUAAAACACUGUAGUCCGGUGAAAUGUUGAGAAUUCAACUUUCAUUAGUUUCGUCUUUGCUAUUAUUUGAUGGAUAUUUUGCGUGAUUUGCACAUUUUUUAAAUCGUUAGUUUUUAGUUAUCGCUAAAAAUUUCCGUGGGUUGGUGAAAUAUUAUAAAUAUUGAAUUCGUAAUUUGUUCACAAAACCAGGCCGGUGAAAUGGUACUCUAUUAUUUCCGGCGUCCGCCAGAAUGGUUCUUAAAAGGCAUUCCGACGACCUUCCCUGAAAUUAUACCCUACAGUGUUGUGAGGGUUAACACGAAACGUACACAAAAUUAAUUUUCGAUUAUUCUUAACUAGUAUAUGCAUCGUUAUCCUGUUUGCAUUAUGUUGCUUCGAGUUUAAAAAUGAAUAUCAAAAAAAUUGAAUUUAUAUGUUAUAGGUGUGCGAUCAUUGUGACGAAAGCCGUCCGGACAAGGCUCAUCCACCCGAAUAUGCGGUCGACGGACAGGAAACUUGGUGGCAGAGUCCGCCUUUAUCUAGAGGAAUGAAGUACAACGAGAUCAAUUUGACGAUCGACUUAGGACAGGUAACGAACUAGUUUUUCGGACUUUUAGAUUAGUAAUUUAUUUUUAGAACGCGUAAUUCCACGAAACAUAUAUACUUGAAAUCGAUUAAAUAAGUGUGGGAAAAAGGUUAACUGAUUAAUCAUAGGGAGUAAAAAAAUAAAACAAAACGGAUGCGAAACCUAACCGAAAAUAAUGAUUCUCGAAUAGUGGAACUAUUAGCCACGCGCCGGAGUAAAUCCGGAGUAUCCGAAAACCACGAAACAUAAUUCGUCGUUUUUUCUUUCUUCUAAUAAAAAUACGUUUAAAGAGUUUUUUUUUUAUUGUGAUAUAUUAUAAAGGCAAAUUACCAACCGGGAUAUAAGUUUUUGGUCCGAAUUAUUAUAUUAUAGUAUAACAUUCGAUUGGUCAAAGACAAUAUGUCAGCGGUCCGGAUUCUCGAACUUUGACCGGAUUGUUCCCGUCGCUAUACUAGAAUAUUAUGCAACUCAAUCACGAUAUUUUCGGUUGUUUUUUUACCGAAACGAGUUGUUCAGGUUUACACAAUAUUUAUUAAAUUCGUAGAUUAUUAAACGACGUUGUAGUAUUAUUGUACCGUGACCAAUCAAUCGUAAUUCGACGUCCGUCGAAUCUUGUAAUUAUAUCAAGUACAUAGGUGGCCGUCAUGAACAAAUUGGCACGCGGUUUUCUGAAAUUUCAUACGCUGUGAUACUGUUGUAGGUGCGGCGUAUCGGUCGCGAUAGACCGUAAUAUUAUAUUGGCCGAUUUCUCGGGAAACGCGAGCAGAUAAGGUAAAACAUAUUUCAUGCGUGGCGUGCGGGUAGAGAAUUUAUUCGUUAAAAGGUCGUGAAGGUUUUCUGUAGAACGUUCGCCCGAGAUCCGUAAUAGUUAUGAAAUGCAUAGUAACGUGUGGAUGUAAAACCGUCCGAAUGUCCAGGUGUAUCAGCGAGCGUAUAUUAUUAUUAUUAUUAUUAUUACAUUACAAAAGGUUACCGGCGCGGUUAUCACAAACACGCGGUUCAAUAUCCCGCAGGAACUAUAGAUAAGAUAAAGAGCGUAAAAAAAAAAAAACGAACGCGGCCUACGCACGGCCGACAAAUCGAUAUUAUUAUAAAAAAUAUAUGAUAUCCUUAAUUUUUUUUUUUUACAUACCGGCUAUAACCGUUCGUAUUAUAAUGUACUAUAUACAGUAAUUCGGGGAGAGGGAGGGAAAGGGGUCCGCCGAUUAUUACGAAAAUCGAAAAUAAUAUUUAAAACGCGAAACGAGAUAAAAUCUCCCAAACAAAUUUUAAUACGUACACAAGUAUUAUACAAUUCUUUUCGGUAAAAUACGAUCAAUGUACAAUAUUAAGAGCAGACGGAUUUAGCUUUUUGCCGCCAUCGGAUUAUUUUUUUUUUUUUUUUUUACAGAACGAUCGCCGAAAAAAAACCUAAUAUUUUAAAUACUAUUUUAUACCUACUAACAAAAUUGUAUAUUUUGAUGACAGAUUAUGAAAAAAAAAAAAAAAAUCAUCGAAAACAAAUUUGCCAUUACUCGCAAAAUUUCCGCCAUAUAGGUUUUUCGGUCCGACGUUAAAUUUACCACUGUAUGCAUAUUACUACAGACGAGCAAUAAUACAGAAUUUAGCGCAAGGCUUGAAAAACGUGAUUAAAAAAAAAAAAAUUCAUGUAUUAAUAAUAAUAUGUUACCGUACGAAUUUUCGUUUCGUGAUAUCUCGCACUAGUGAUAUAAUAAUAAUAUAAAAUUUAAUAAUAAUAUAACCGUAUUCAUUUUUUUAUCAGAAGUACUUCCGCCGGACGAUCAAUUAACUGCAGACGAACAGAUAAUGAUUUUUUUUUUUUUUUUAUGAAUGUUAGCUAUUUUUUAAGCUCUCUCAUUGAACAACAAAACUAUAAAAGAAAAAUAUAUCGUUAUAACAUUAAUAUAAUACAGUGACACACUUGCCACGAACGGCCGGUGAAUUUGAUUUCUGUCUUUUGAAUCACUUAUAUAAUAUUAUUGUGUAUUAUUAUAAUACGAAAUCGUUUAAUCUUUAUUUUAACGUUAUUUUCCCUACUCUCUGUGGAUUAAAUGAGUAAAAAUACACUGUGACGAUUAUUAUUCAAAUAAAAAACACUCCCGUAUUAAACACAGAUUCGAAUAGAGUAAAUUUUUCUAAAAAAAUUCGAUAUGCAUAACAACAUUUUAGGUAUAUAUCGUAGUUGCUUUCAUUUGAAUGUUAUAACAGUUUAAAAUUUAAACCGGAGGCGUAGGGAAGAGUAAUUCACGUCCGUUUUUGUAUAGUUGUAAACAAUUGAAAAAAUAAAUAAAACCAUAAAUCAGUCAUAAAGUCGCUUAAAAUCCUCCAAAGAAAAUCUCGGUUCAAUAAAUCACCGUGUAUACCAACCAAAUAACCCAAUGGAUCUUAUUCGAUUUCAGACGUUAUAACUCGUAAUAGUAAAUCGAAAUCGAAUUAUUCGAAUUCACGGGCCAACGACCGUAUUUAAAUUUUUUUAAAGUAUUCCGAAAUUAUUUGAGACACUAAUGAAACUGUAUUUUACACGCGCCUACCUAUAUUUCAAUAAAUAAAUAAACAGAUAUAAUCGAACAAAGUUGAAAGACGGGUAAAAUCGGAGGUCAGGUUUAGAUGUGUAUUAUGUAACUAUAAAAAUGUAAAACAAUAUAAUAAUAACUGACCGAUUAGUUCAAUGUAAAUACAAAUAGUUGUCAAAUGUUUCGUUUAGUUACAUAAUACAUAAUGAAUUGUAGGCACAUUACAUAUUAUUAUUAUAAUAUUAUAGGUAUUUGAAAUUGUUUUCGAUUCAAACUAAAAAUAUACAAUUUAAAAAUACUAUUGCAUUCGUAUUUAAAACUUCAAAUAGGUAUAUGUACUUGAGAUUUUUUUUUUUUUUUAUAAAUAAUUCAUACAACGUCACGAUGUUUUAAACAUAAUCAGGUAAACUACAAAAUAAAUCAAAAAAACGGCCUCCCCGAUACACCAGCUAGACGAAAUUUUCUACCGGAAACCAUUCCUGACGUUGAUAACAAGAAACAAGAAAUAAGAUUUAAAAGUUGUUCAUACACUAAAAAACAAAACACAUGCAUAUAAAUAAAACCUAUACAUAUUUACUAUACGCACCGAAUUUCAAACAUAAUUUUUAUACAAAACUUAUGUUCGCAAACUUUGUAGACGGCAAUUUUUAUUUUUAUUUUAUAUCAGACGUGACCUGUUAUCAAUGUGUUUUUUUUUUUUUUUUUAGGAAUUUCAUGUUGCUUAUGUCGUCGUUAAAAUGGGCAAUUCUCCGCGACCGGGUGUUUGGGUACUCGAAAGGUCGGCGGAUCACGGACAAACAUACCAUCCGUGGCAGUAUUUCGCUGACACUGUCGCGUAAGUACUUAAAAAUAAUUAACUGUUUUUAAGAAUUUGAACGGGAAAUUGGAUUUUUUUUCACCGAUUUCGUCUGUAUGUGUGUUUAGUGACUGUGAAUCGUAUUUCGGAACGGAAAGCAUUAAACCUAUUUCCGCGGACGAUUCAGUAAUUUGCGACACAUCGGUUUCAAAAAUUGUUCCUUUGGAAAACGGCGAAGUAAUAAUAAUUUGAACACUAAUGGAAAUAAAAUACUAUUAUUCAGCAAUCAAUUAUAUUAUUAAUGAUCGUACAUUCAAUCGUGUUGUAGAUAUUCGUGAAACUUUUGGCCAACAGACCAUCGGCCAAUAAUUUUUUCAAUUCUUACGCGUUACAAGAAUUUACUAGAGCCACUAACGUGCGGUUUAGAUUGCUCAGAGUGAAAAAUCUUCUCGGUCAUCUUAUGCCCGUGGCCAGACAAGAUCCUACUACCACUAGACGAGUAAAUAGUAUACCGAAUGCAUAUUGUGUUCGCUCUGCACAUUUUUCGUUUUUUUUAUUAAUACGGUGUUUUUUUAUCCCUCUUUAGUACUUUUACUCGAUAAAAGACGUGAGUAUUGGCGGUAGAUGUCGUUGUAAUGGUCACGCAGAUCUUUGCGAUAUAACUGAUCCCACAGACUCUUACAAACUCAUAUGCCGUUGUCAACACAACACCUGUGGUCAUAAUUGCGAAAGAUGUUGUCCUGGAUUCGAGCAGAAAGCUUGGAGUCAGUCUAAAUACGAUAAAUUAUUCGAAUGCGAACGUAAGAUAUUUUAAAAUACCUAAAUAAUAAUCUUCUUCUCGUACUUUUUGAAAAAUCUCUCUUCGAUUACCGACUAGAUUUUUAUAAUCUUCUUCUGCUUUGUCGAUGAUCCAUCUUUUUAUUCUAUAUACCUAUCUAUCAGUACGAUUUACCUACCAAACUAUUAUAGUCAAAUAAUAUUGUUGUAAUUCAUUUUCUAUUAUUUCUGUCAGCGUGCAAUUGUUUUGGUCACUCCGAAACUUGUGUUUACGACAGCGCGACGGAUGCAUCCCAUCUGUCGAUCGACAUUCACGGUAAAUACGAAGGAGGAGGCGUGUGCCAUAAUUGCCGGGAUCACACGACGGGCAUCAAUUGUGACAAAUGUGACUUUGGUUUUUAUAGGCCGGUUGGAAAACUGUUGAACGAAACGGACGUGUGUCAACGUGAGAAAACAUAGAACGUCUCUUGAAAAAUUAUGGAAACUAUUUUGGAAAAAUCGUUUGGAAUUUUCAGGUUGUAACUGUGACUAUUUCUAUUCGACGGGAAACUGUUCCGAGGGUUUUGGCAAGUGCGAAUGUAAAGAAGCGUACGCUUCGCCGGAUUGUGACAAAUGUAGCGAGGGCUAUUACGGAUAUCCGGAUUGCAAACCCUGCGAAUGUUACUUGAACGGGACUAGAGGAAGACAGUGUGAAAACACCGGUGGACAAUGUCCUUGCAAACAAAAUUUCGGCGGAAAAUUCUGUUACCAAUGUGCCGACGGCUUCUACAAUUUCCCCGAAUGCAAACGUAAAUACAUUUCGGUAUUCUGUGUAUUCUCGGUAAAAUUUAAUAUUUUUCAUCAUUUAUUUGUACAGCGUGCGAGUGUAACGAAGUCGGUUCUAGAAACGCGAUAUGCGACCAAAAAACCGGACAGUGUUCGUGCCACAGCAGUUACGGAAACCUUUCGUGCGAACAAUGCAACCACGGAUAUUACGGAUUUCCCGCGUGUUCAUGUAACAAUAUUUUAGUAAAACGUUUCCCUGUAAAAAGAACCGGAUAAUUUAAUAGUUACAUAAUUAUCGUUAUUGUUCGCAGAUUGUAAUUGCGAUUCGAUCGGAUCGGUGCCGGAAGUGUGUAACAAAUCCAACGGAACGUGUCUGUGCAAAGAAGGAUACGCCGGACCCAGGUGUGACAAAUGUUUACCUGGUUACAACGGAUAUCCGGACUGUAAACCGUGCGGUUGUUCGGAACGGGGAAGCGCGUCUUCCAUUUGCGACGCGUCUGGGAAAUGUCCAUGUUUACCAAGUUUCGCCGGAAGAACGUGCGAACAGUGUAGUCCGGGGUACUAUCAAUAUCCCGAGUGCAAAUGUAAAAAUAUACUUAAUAAUCUGUUUUCGCUUGUAUUCGAGUUUACAUUCUAUUGAUUUCAGUCUGCGAUUGCAACAGUCAAGGAUCCAUCGGAGUUUCGUGUGAUAACGAGGGAAAAUGCAAAUGUAAACCGAAUUUUAUGGGGACCCGGUGUGACAAGUGCAAAGAAGGUUUAUACAAUUUCCCAAUAUGUGAAGGUAAAUGCGGCGAUGCAAAUAAAAUCGUGUUUUUAAGAUGUCGAAUCACACGAACUAUCCGAUUUUGUAUAUCAUAUUCAUUAAUAAUAUUAUAUUCUCGACAGAAUGCAAUUGUAACCCUGCUGGCGUUCUCGCGACGUUUGCUGGUUGUGGAUCGUUACCGUUGGGCGAACUGUGUCAGUGUAAACCCAGAGUUCACGGAAGGAUAUGUGACGAGUGCCGGGAACUUUACUGGAAUUUACAACCUUCAAAUCCGGAAGGCUGCGAAGGUACACAACAAUAUCCAAUAUCAUUUUAUCAUUUAAUGUGCAAGUCGAUUAUUAAUGAUGGAUGUUUUGGUUUUUUUUUUUAUAUAUAACAGACUGCGAUUGUUUCAUGCCCGGUGUUCUCAGCGGCGUCGGUGUUUGCAAUCCGAAAUCCGGCCAGUGCAUCUGUAAACCGUCGGCCACCUCGAGAAGAUGCGACGAAUGCGUCGAAGGAUUUUACAGUUUAAACGAAAACAGUUUAUUCGGGUGUACAGGUAAUGAGCUCGCUUUAAAACAUAUUUUCAAUACAAUCAAUAUCAAUUAUCCGUGUAAAUGUAAACGCGCCGAAAUAUGUCUGACGUGCAGAAUGCGAUUGUAACGUCGGUGGCUCGAUAAACGAGGUGUGUGACAAGACCGUGGGACAAUGUUUUUGCCAGCCGAGAAUCGUCGGAAGAGCUUGUGACGAACCCAUGCAAGCGCAUUAUUUCCCGACAUUACAUCAGUUUACGUACGAAGCCGAAGACAGUCGUACGCCGACCUACACUCCUGUCCGAUAUGGAUUCGAUGAAAAAUUCUUCCCGGAGUAUUCUUGGAAAGGUUACGCCGUCUUUUCUCAGCUUCAAGUACAUAAUGAUUUAGACCAUUUCGUUUUUUCGGUCAGAUUUUAUUUUUAUGUUUAUCGAAUGUAGAGUGAAAUCGUUUACGAGUUGAACAUCGAUAAACCGUCGAUUUACCGUAUAGUGUUGAGAUAUGUUAAUCUGAACAACGAAACGCUGUUGGGAUACGUGUCUAUUACGCCCGAAACACCGAACAACAUCAACAUCGAACAAAAGUUUAUAGUAAAUAAAUCUAAUGUAAAACUAGGCGCCUGAUAACUGUUUGACGUAAAACUUUAUUUCGCUUAAAGGUGCAACUAAAACCUACGAAAACUCCGUCAUUCGUAACGGUUUCUGGAGCUACAGGAAACAUACCAUCACCGUUCGUAAUGAGCCCCGGACGUUGGGCGGUUACCAUAAAGAUCGAACAGAAUCUGUUUGUGGUUCGUUGGGUUCUAUUGUUGACUACAGUUUUUCGUAUUUAAUUAUUUUAAUGAUACAAAGUUACAAGUGAUGUUUGUGGUUUUUUUUAGGAUUACUUUGUAAUUUUACCCGCCGAGUACUACGAAGGAAAUAUUCUCGUCGACAAAGUACUAAAUCCUUGCGUUAUCGAUAACAUAGAAAGCGGUCUGUGUAGACAUUUCGAUUAUCCGAGUAUUUCGAAAUUCGAUCAAGUCAAGAGCACUUCCGCGUUGACUGUGGACGACAAAGAACCAGUCGAUUACUUUGAAGAUAUAAAAGUAAUAAUAUGAAAUUUGAUAUAUUUGCUACGACUAUUAUAAGUACAAGACUAAUAUGUUUUUAGUAAUGGUUUUUUUUUUUUUUUUUUUUUUUUUAGCAAUUGGACGUCCUAGGCGUUCCCAAAUUGCCCGUCAUCAGUGAAACGCAACCGGAACUAAAAUUGGAAUUAUCGAUCGCCAACUCGGGUCCGUACGUGAUCUUGAUCAACUACAUGACACCGUCGUCGAUUCAAACGAAGGCCGUAAUCAGAAUCGAGGUGGACGAAAAAAUAAAUUCGGGCAAAGCGAUACUGUACGCUUGCCAUCAUACGACCUUGUGCAGACAAGCCGCCGUAGAUGCGAUGGGAAAAGUGGCCAUAUUCGACAUCAACAAACAAGUGACCAGAGUGAUACUGAAAGGCGGCGAAGACCUAUCGAGAGUCGGCGUGGAAUCGAUUGUCGCGUUGCCGUUGGACAAAUGGUCUUUGGACUAUAUCAACCCGAACCCGUCGUGCAUAAAGAAAGAUGGCAAGUGCAUUCAGUCGUUCUAUCCCACUCCACCGGAUACGAAAAAAGUGGAAUUCAAGACCGAUAACGAGGAUCGUCUCGCCACGGUCGCACCCAAAGAUAUCUACGACAAUUCCACGGCGCUGGUCAUUCUCGACCACGCCGACAGCAUUGUCGAUUUGGCCGGAAAAGUGCCCGGUCCCGGGGCGUAUGUUUUCGUCGUUCAUUUUUACCAACCCGAUUUCCCAGGUAUUUACGAUAGACCAUCGUGUCGAACGAUUUUAAUCUACUGUCAACUAAUGUAUACGAUACACGCACUAUAAUUUUCUAGCUUUCGAAAUGAACGUGUUAAUACACAAUGGACAGACGUACGAAGCGGUUUUGCCGGUAAAACAUUGUCCGUCGAACUCGGGAUGUCGUUCCGUCGUUAAACAGGCCAACGGAAACACGCAGUUUCAACUGAUCGAAAACUUUUUACUGACCCUAAAGGUAUGUAUUUAUUUAUUAUUGUGUAACCGAUUGGUUUUUAAAAUACAAAACGUAGGUAUAUGUUAAGCUAAAAGUCCAUAAAAAAAAAAAAAAGUUACAUAAAAUGCGCUUGCGUUGAGAUAAUCGACCGCGAUGUGGCCAAUGUCGCAACCGAACGGCUUCUACUGCCCGGUAUCCUGUCGCUCCAGAAUAUUGUUUUCGAUUUCCAACCGCUGCAUCGUCCGCCAUUCUUCCAGCCGUGGCAUCUGACCAUGUUCAAAGCGGGCCAAUACUGCUUUUUUUUUCUACGCUGGAGAAACCGGCAUUUCUCUACUAACAUCGUAUAUUCGUAAUUCUGCACGACUGGCUGGCCGGUCGGCCCGUCGCCGUCCGGUCGAUCCGCCGCCGUUCCGUCAAAAUCCAAGUCAGGGACCGGUCGGGAUUGUGGUCUCUGAUCGCCGUCCCCGCAGUGUUCUCGUCCGUUCUGCAUGUCCGCCGAAAAUCGCCGUCGAGAAAUCCUCUGUUAUCCGCUGUCACGGUCAUUCGUCCACGUUUGGUUCCAGAUACCUUUGUUCAGACGGUUCGCUUUAAUAUAUCUGCACAUACAAACAGUUGUUCUUUUAUUUAUUUGUUUGGUAGAUAUUGUAUUUCGCAAUUGUUUAGUCGGCAUAGAAAUUCGCGUACAAAGAACGCUAUAAAAACCAAGAAUAUUAACUGAAUAUUCGUAUUUUAUGUCAAUGAUAUAAUCGUGUUUUGUAAUAAAUUUGAAACGCGAUAAAGAAAAAAUGUUAGCGAUUUGUUAUAAUUAUAAAUACGGCCAGGAUGAAGACUUGAAUCAGCGAAUUAAGAAAUUAAAAAAUAAAUUAAUAACACGCAUACAUUUGCCUAACUUUUAAAUUAGUAAUAUUACUGCGUUAAUCAUUGUUAUUAAUUAAUUAAUUGUUAUAAAUAUUGUGUUAUGUUACUUAAACUAUAUAUAUGUUCCUUAUAAAAUAUAUUUUGAAUUUCCCACGUAUUUUCACGUUAAGGAACCGAAUCAUAAAAGCGUUUGGUUGGAAUACGUUUUGGUUGUUCCGGCUCAAGAGUACAGAGAUUCCAUAAUCGUAGAACAACCUUUCGACUACACCGGCUUAUUCAUAUCGAAAUGUGGCAGCAACCAUUUCUAUAUCAACACUUCAACUACAGGUAAUUGUUUUUAUAUUUUAAACUAAUUGUCAUUUAUCAUUACGGGGCAUGGUGGUCUAGGGCCUAAGCAACCGCUUAACCACUAACCUAACUUUCCACUUUGCUACAGCGUUCUUCCGUUACAAUUAUUUAUUUUCUCUAAACACAUUGCCGGAUACUAUUUCAGUUUAUUUGUUCACAUAAUUGUAUACGAUUCGCUUUGAUUUUAGGUUUUUGCAAAGAAGCCACGUUUUCGCUGACGACCGCAUACAAUAACGGAGCCGUCUCAUGUCUCUGCGACUACGACGGUUCCUUGAGUUUUGUAUGCGACCCUUACGGUGGUCAAUGUCAAUGUAAACCCAACGUGAUCGGUCGGCGGUGCGAUGCCUGCAAAACCGGUUACUUCGGUUUUCCGGACUGUAAGUCGUGUAAUUGUCCGUCGGUCGCCACUUGCGAGAUGACCACCGGAGAAUGUAUUUGUCCGCCACGAGUAACGGGCAAAAACUGCGAUCAAUGCGAAUCAAUGACGUACGGAUUCGAUCCGAUAAUUGGUUGCGAAGAGUGCAAGUGCAAUUAUUUCGGCGUAGAAAACGGAAACCUCCAGUGUGACUUGUUCAACGGAUCUUGCGAGUAAUUUUAGUUUUUUUUUUUUCUUUAUUCUUUGUUCUUUAAUUUGUUUACUGUAAUAUAUCGUACAUUAUUAGUGUUGUUAUUAUUAUUAUUAUUUUUAAUUCAUUCAACAUGAUAAUGAUUAAUUCAUGUAAUAUUUAUUUAGGUGUAAACAAAAUAUUGUUGGCCGUUCUUGCGACCAUUGCCGCUCUGGACAUUGGUCAUUCCCUCGCUGCCAUGUGUGUGACUGCGAUUAUCGAGGAACGACAUCCGAAAUUUGUAACCAAGUUCGUUAGUUUUAUUACAUAUAAAAUAUACCAAAUACCUAUAUUUUUACAAAAAUAUUUCUAUUUAUAAUUAAUGAGCUCAGUGAGAAAUCUAUAGAUUUGUCAAUGAUAUUUUUUAUAUAUUUAUAAAAACAUCAUAUAUAUAUUAUACUCGGUGAUUCACUAAGCGUGCUCAUCCGAUUUUUUUGAUUAAAUUUUGCAUAUAUUCAAAUUCAGUGUAGCUAUAGCUGAUAUUUUCAAACAUUUGGAUUUUUCACAACGAGUAUCCUUUGGCGCGAUACUAACUUUGGUUUUUCAAAUAAGAAAUAAGUCGAAAAUUCCACAAAUAAACGGAGUAUUACUCCGUUAGAGAGAUUUUUAAAAGGGGUCGUUCUUAUUUCAGGAGAUGUUGUUUAUUUGUAAUUUGAUAUCAACAUUAUUAUAAUGUUAGGUAAACAUUUUUGUUUUAUUCCUAACAUUCUUAAAAUGUUUUUACUGUAUUUAUGGAAGGUAAAAAAAUUUGUUUGAUGCAAUUCUUAUAAAAAUAAAAAAAAAAAAAAAUAAAUAUUAGACAUUAUCCAUUCAAAUUAAAAUUUUUUGAGAACAUCGUAUUUAAAUAUGAAACCCUCGAUAUUAAUAUAACACCAACUUCUUAUUGUGAUUAUCUAACUUCAUAAUUGAUAUUGUUUUUACUUUUUGAAUUUAUAUAGGAAACUUCUGAAUGUUUUUGUAAAUCCAACGUUUACGGCCAAGCGUGUGAUCUAUGUAAAGAAGGUACGUUCAAUAUACAAGAGAAAAACGACGACGGAUGUUCGAAGUGUUUCUGUUUCGGUAAAACUACUCGAUGUCAAAGCUCCAAUCUUUACAGAACAGAAGUAUGUGUUAAACGUGCCUAACUUGUAAAUCUCUUGGAAAUAUUAUAUACGAUCGUUUUUAGAUUAUCGACAUGGAGAAUUGGUCUUUGAAAGUCAUCAACAUGACUACCAAAGGGGCUAUGGUUGACGAUGUGCAAUUGUCAAUCGAAAAACACGAAGAAGGCGAACUUGGCGUCGAUUUAACAGUUGAAGAACUUCAAAAAAAAGUCGCUUAUUUCUUCGCUCCACCGACUUUUUUGGGAAAUCAAUUGAAAUCGUACGGAGGAUUCCUAAACUUUACCAUCUAUUACACUUCAAAUCUUUUCGGAAGUGCCGUUAGCGGUCCCGACGUUAUUUUAUACGGUCACGACCUUUAUUUAUUCUAUUUUUCGUUGGAACAACCGGCGUCAAACACAAAGUUCCCGAACUUUGUUGAAAUCGUAGAGCAAAAUUUCGUAUUAUUCAGUGGAUUACAAGCCACUAGAGAACAACUAAUGCAAGUGUUACAGAACUUAAAUGGAAUAUAUAUUAGAGCUACUUACUGGGAACCAACCGUAACAACGAGGUGAUUAUAGUCAUUUAAAUAGUUAUCUUUUUUCAAAUAUCAAUUCAGAUUUUUAAUCAAUAAAAUUACUAUUCAGGAUAUCAAAUAUAUUAUUAGAAACAGCUCAAGAAGAGUAUAUUCCGUCGAAAGAAAUUGCUCUGCCCGUUGAACAAUGUCAGUGCCCUGCUAAUUACGUGGGAUUAUCUUGUGAAGAAUGUGCUGACGGUUUCUAUAGAGCUCAAACUGGACCUUACGGAGGUUAUUGUGUUCCUUGCCAGUGCAAUGGACAUUCAAGCACUUGUGACAAAAUUACUGGAAUAUGCAAUGUAAUUAUUUUUCUACAGAUGUUUAUUAAUUCAUACUCGCACAUAGACUAAACUUUAAUAUAUCAAUAUUGAAUAUUGUAGGUCCUCGAAUUUAUGAAAAUACUAUUUUUUAGAAUGAUUCAUAAUUCAAGCAGCCUUGAUAAAUUAAAAAAACAUAAUACAUUUCAUUAAACGAAUAACUAUUCGAAAUUAAACUUUAUAGCAAUUUUCUAAAAAAUCAAGAAAAUAGAGAAAAAUUGUACGUUUAAAAGUAUCACAAUAAUAAUUUAGAUGAUGUUUUAUUUAUGUUUGUAGACUUGCAAACAUAACACUACUGGCGAUCACUGUGAAAAAUGUAUUGUAGGCUACCAUGGGAAUGCUACUGUAGGAACGCCGUACGAUUGUCUCAUAUGUGCUUGUCCUCUACCAAUAGCUACUAAUAAGUAAGAUAAAAUUAUUGAUUUGCAUAAGUGUUUUCAAACAAAAUCUAAAAUUUUAAAAUAACAAAUUAUAUAAUUUUAGUUUUGCGACCGGCUGUGAAGUCAGUCCAGAUGGAAAUAAAAUUAGCUGUGACUGUAUCCCUGGAUAUUUUGGUGCUAGAUGCGAAUCUUGUAACGCUGGAUUUUACGGUAGCCCAGAGACUCCAGGUAAAUAAUAAUAAUAUAUUGGACGUAUUUUAAAACAUAAAACGUUAAUGUUACCAAUAUUUAAAAUUGAAUCAAUAUUCGUAUUUUUAGGUGAAGUAUGUAAAGAGUGUCAGUGUUCUGGUAACAUAAAUAAAGAAGAUCCCGGAUCAUGUGAUUCAAUUACCGGAAGGUGCACGCGUUGUUUAAACAAUACGUUCGGGGAAACUUGUCAAUUCUGUCGACCAGGAUUUUUCGGUGAUGCUGUGAACUUGAAAGAUUGUCAAGCGUGCGACUGUGAUAAAUGUGGAAUGGACAAGUGCGAUAACUAUAACGGUCAAUGUGUCUGUCAAAAGAACGUAGAAGGUGAAAAAUGUGAUAGAUGUGCUGUAAACCAUUACGGUUUUGGAACUUGCAAGGUAAAAACAUUCAUUAAAUUAUAAUCAAAUAUUCAAAUCGAUAAAUAAUUUUAUAUGAAUUAACCGUUUAUAAUAAUUAUUAUAAAACAAACAUAAUUUAGAGUGCUUUAUUUCAUAUUUUGUAGGGUUGCAAACCAUGUGAUUGCGCUUUGGCCAGUGAGAGUUCUCAAUGUGACGAGAAUACGGGAAUGUGUAGAUGUAAGCCCGGCGUUGCCGGUAGGACCUGCGAUCGCUGUAAGCCCGGAUAUUGGAAUUAUACCGAAGAAGGAUGCAUACGUAAUUAAAUGCAUAUUAAAAAUAAAAAACUAAGACAAUAAUUAUUCAUUGAAUGGUUACGUUUACAGCAUGCAGUUGUAACUCGGAGUACAGUGUGGGUGUUAGCUGUAAUCCUCAAACCGGCAAAUGUGAAUGUUUACCAGGAGUUAUUGGAGAUAAAUGUGAUCAUUGUCCCCAUCGCUGGGUUUUAAUACAGCCACAAAAUACUAUUGAUCAAAACGGAGCCGGUUGUUUCAAGUGUGACACGUGUACUCAUUCCCUUUUGGACGUGAUGGAUAGUUUGUUCGCUAAAUUAUAUCCCAUAUCUAAAGACUUUGAAGUAUAAUAAAAUUGAAUGCAAUUUCAAACUAUUAUACUAAUGAUUUGAUGUUAUUUUUUUUUUUUAGACCGUUGCACUUGGGUACUUUACGACUCAACGUUUGUUAUACAUAAACGAAACCGUAUCCAAGUUAAAACCAAAUUUAACUGAACUUAUAUCGAGCAGCACCGAUAUACUUCCAAUGAACAUAAAUUUAACGAAUUUCCAGAAAGACAUAUCAAAUCUUAAUAGAAAGGUAAUUAUUUGUAUACAUUAGUACAUAAAAAUAUUUGCAAAAAAUUAUAAUUAUUAAUAAACGAAAAAAAAAAUUGGUUUUUAGUCAAAAUCAGCUUUAUCGGAUGCAUUAGUUUUAGCAUCUAAAGGCGAAAUAACAAUUAAUAAAGCAAUUGAAGUGGGUUUUGCGAUGGAUCAAGCAGUAUCUCAAACUAAUAAAGCCGUCGCUGAAGUAACAAAUUUAGCGCAGAGUCUACAAGAAGGUGCAGGGCCACAAAUUGAUUCAGCGUUAAAUGAAGCACAAAAAUUAUUAGAAGAUAUCAAAAAUUCACUUCCAAAUAUGACCAACAAAAUUGAAGAAUCAAAUAUUAUACUUAAUAAGUCUACUGAAUUACAUAAAAAAAUGUCAGAAAUUGUAAUACCUUUGAAAACCCCGUCUCAAUUGUUAAAAUCAACAAAAAAUAAAAUGAAAACUUUCCAAGACAAUAUAUCGGAUAUUACAAACUACGCUGAUAAUGCCAAUAAAAAAGCAGCCCAAACUGCAUUUAUAAAUGAUGGAAACAGGUUAAUAAUUAAUAAAUAUUUUUGAUAGAAAACAUUACUAUAAUUAAAAUAUUGAUUUAUUAUUUUUAGAGAAUCGUUAAUAAAACAAAACGAACGAAUAAGUACUUUAACAAAACUAAAAGACACGGCAAACGAUGCUAUGGACAAUUUAAUGAAAACGGUAAAAGAGGCUGCUGAUGAUUUACACAAAUCUAGUGAAGCGUUCGCUAAACUCGGUUUGGAAAAUGAAUCAAUGAAAGCUAUAAAAUCUAAGGUUGACAGCGAAAUUGAAAGAGAAGUAAGAGUACUCGAAGCAUUACAAAUCGGUAUCACCGAAGCAAAAGAACAUUCUGAAAAACUCAAGGAACAGGUAUUUAUAUACAUCAUAUUUAAUUGACUAUUUUUGUUAGAUUUCCAAAAUCGAUAUAUAAUUCAUUAUAAAAACAUUUUACUGUAUGUGAAUUUUGGUAAAUAUUAAUUACAUUAAAUGUCGAAAGGCUGACUUGAUGGAAUCCUUAGUGAAAAAUUCGACCACCGCAUCAGAAACGGCAAUUGCGGCAGCAAACUCCUAUAAAAAUAUAGAAUCGGAAAUCGAAAAAGCAUUAAACGCUGCUAAAACUGCGAGCACGGCAGCCGAAGAUACGAUUAAUAAGGUAUUUAUCUCGUACAAAUGUUUUCAAAAUUAAUUUUUCUUAUCACUUUAAUUAUCUACAUUGUAUAAAAAAAAUCUUCAUAGUCAAAGGGGCUAGAUGAAAGAGUAGCUUCAGCGGAACAAAAUUCAAUACAAUUAUUACAAGAUGUCAGACAGGCUUUGGAAGAUAUACAGGGGAAUAUAGAAAGUGCAUUAAAUAAUGCUAAAAACGAAUUGUCUACACUUUCAAACUCAAAAAGCCAAAUAAAUGAAAAAGAAAGCGAUAUAUCUAAGUAAAAAUAAUAAGUUACUAUAUAUUAGGUAGUUCUGAAGGUAAUAUAUAUUUUAAUUUAUGAUUUUCAACAGAUUAUUGGAUCAGAUUUUAGAAGUAACACCGAGUGUCAAUUCGGACGAAAACGUGAGAGCAGUAUUGGAAAGUGGCGAGAAUUCUCAUAAAUUGGUAAAUAGCCUCAAUAACAUAGUUCAAUCACUACCAAAUCAUCUGAUUGCAUCCCAACAACUUAAUAAAGACAACGAAAACGCAAUCAAAGACAACACUCAAUCUAAAAAUCAACGUAAGAUGGAUAUUUAAAUAUGUUGAUAUUUAAUACUAAUACUCAUUUAUAAUAUAAUAACAUUAUUAUAAUUUAGUGGAUAUUGCAUCAUCACUUUUGCCAAAUGCUGUUGAAUUUGCUGACCGUCUGAAAAAUAAACCAGAAACAUUACAAAAGAAAGGACAACAAGUGAAAUCCAAUAUGGCGUUACUACAGAAAAAGAUUAAUAUAUGCCGAGAAAUGGUUAACAGGUAUACUUAUUAAUAAUAUAUUUUAUUGAUUUUAUAAUUUUUCAAAAAAAUAAUAAUUAUUCUAAAUCAUUUUAAUUUAAUUUUUUUUUUCUUAGAAUUAAAGUUGGCGUAAGUUUAUCGAGAAAUUCCACUAUAGAGCUCCGUAAUCCUGACAAUUUAGCACAACAAGGUAUCAGCACGCUCGCUUCAAUUUACUUUAAAACCGAUCAGCCGAAUGGUCUCAUUAUGUAUCUCGGAAACGAAGUCGGCACUAGUCGAAGGAUGAGAAGAGCUAUUACCGUAAUGAUAUAUAUUAUAGCACCCUUAUACUGUAUAAUAGUUAACCCCUAAUUUAAAAAAUGUAAGGUCUUCCAAAUUGUAUGUAGCCGUUUUGAAAAUAGGAAUAUGGAUAGGUACACCAUACCUACUCCAACUUUCAAAACUAUAACAUAUAAUCUGGAAGACACUGUAUAACUUGGAUUAACUGACCGACAUAAUAAUAUAGGAUGAUUUUAUGGCAUUACAAGUCGAAAAUGGUUGUUUGGUAUUGUUAAUGGAUAUUGGUUCGGGUAUUUCAACGGUGAUCAGUGAUAAAAAAGUAUCGGAUAACAAGUGGUAUAAAGCUACGGUUGAAAGGUAUUUAAACAAAAAUAUAUAAUUAUACACAUAUGAUAAGUAUAUAUUAUUUAACAACAAUAUGUUAAGAUAUGUUUGCUGGUUUUUAUUCUAGGACUGGCAAAACGGUAAAAUUAGUUAUACACGAAGAUUUAGGAAAAGGAUCGAAUUCUAAAGAAAUAACUUACACAAAAGAAACUAUUCUUUCUGGAAAUUCCUCAAUUUUAAAUUUAGACAAAGAUCACUCGAAACUAUUCAUAGGAGGUUUACCCGCUACGUUUAGAGCCCAAGAAAAUAUUGCAGAACUUUCGUUAGAAGGACAAGUUGAAGAUUUAAUACUAGGAAACACAUUCAUUGGACUUUGGAACUUUGUAGACUCUUCGGGCGGAAAUCACGGAUCAAUCGAAAGGUUUAAUGGAAAUUUGAAAAUUUUAGUGCUAUUCAAAUUAACAAUAAAUAUAUUUUAUUUUAUGUAUAUAGAGAUAGGUUCACAAACACAUCCAGUAGUUCUGGAUAUCGAAUGAACGGCGAAGGAUUUGUCGUCUUAGAAUCUCGUUUUUACGAACUGAAAUUUAAAUCGUCCAUUUUUUUGAGUAUAAAAACCACAUCGUUGGAUGGAUUGAUAUUCCUAGUGUUUAAAGAUAACUACUUUAUGUCUAUUGAAUUAGAAGCAGGAAGUAUCGUUUUCAGGGUUAGUUUCAUUUAUAUUUUGUGUAUUAAAGAAAAAAAAAUGACUUUGUAUACACAGUACAUUUAAUAUAUUUAAUAAUAUUCGAAUCAGCUAAAUUUGGGCGAAGACACGUUGUCGUUGAUUACCCCAACUCAAUAUAAUGACGACAAGUGGCAUGCGAUCGAAGCAUCGAGAUUCGGUAAAACCGCAGUACUAAAAGUUGACGGAGAAGAUACAAACGGACAGAAAGUAGCUAACGGACUCACGAAUGAUCUUAAAGUAUGCGAAACAAUUUUAUUUUCAUUCAACAUUUGCUAUUUUUUUCGAUAUUAAUAGGCGUUGCAUAUAAUUUAAGGUUUCUGAACAUAUGUACAUCGGUGGUUUUCCGGGAGAUCACGAAAUUAAAGGCGUCACCAAGUUUAACUAUGACGGAUGUUUAGACAGCGUACAAAUCGAUCAAGUCCAAGUAAAUCUGAACAAGAACGUAAACGCGUAUGGUAUUAUUUCCGGAUGUCCGCUGAAGGUAUAAAAUUAAUCACAAAACAUGUUCUCGCGUGGUUAUUUUAAAACUUGUAUACGAUAAUAACGAGUGAACUUUCAGAUCGCCAGUCUCGUAUCGUUCGAGUACGGAAGCAGAGGUUAUGUCCGGUGGCCGAACGCGACCGCGUCCGAUAAUUUAGUCGAUCUAAUCCUGAGGUUUAAGACCAGUCAUCCGAACGGUUUGCUUGUGUACGGCGUAGACGGUUCGUCCGUGUUUUCGUUGCGCAUGGAAUCCGGAAUGUUGACGUUCAAGAGCGGAGGUAUUCAAGUUUCGUCCACGCAAUCCACGCGAUACGACGACGACCAGUGGCACGUGGUGUUAGUGGCACACACGAACCAACAGCUAUUGCUCAUCAUCGACGAUUUCGAUAGUUUCCAGUACGUUUGUAAAAAAAAAAAAAAAAAUGAAUAUCUAUUGUUAUUCGUCAGGCGUGUUGAUAAAUCGAAACUGAUUUUUGCUAUAAUUCUAUGUAUAUAGAUCCGAACAACGGCCGAACCCGGUGAGAUUCUUGUUCUCAGACUUUUUCUUCGGCAGCGUACCGUCGGACGUAGACGGGGCCGCUGCAAUGCAACCGUCGUUCGCCGGUUGUAUCGGUGACGUGACGUUUAACGGAAAAAUCAUCAAUUUCGCGCAGCUCACCGACACUCCAGGAGCGACGAUCGGACGAUGCACGGGACCGCCGAUAUCGACCGGAGGUUUUAAACCAGCAAAACAACCUACUCUGGGUAAUUUUAAAACAUUUUGUAAAUAGGCAAUAGGUACAAUGUAAACGCUUUGCGUUAUAAUCGAGACUGGCAUUAAAGAGUUAAAAAUUUAAAAAAGUUAAAUUGAUUUCAAUGUUGCUUUGUAUCGUUGAUUUUUAAGACUCAGAGCAAUAAGAGGAAUAUAUAAGUCUCACUAUAAUGUGUGCUUACUUUUUGUUUUAAAUUUAAAUUGUUUGUGUCUGCGAGAAACAUUUCGACCAGAAAUCUUACUCAAAUAAAAAAAUUGCAAAAGACGUUUCUUAUUGAAUUUUGGAUCUAGUUGGUACAGUGAGAAGGUCAUUUUUUUAAUUUUCCAAAGGGCUUACAUUACAAUUGGGGAAAUCGCAGAAAAAAACAUAAAAGAAAAAUAAAUAAGUGUAUGACGUUAACGACUUCAUUAUUUAAAAAUGUUUGGAUUUUUGUUUUCUACCAGAAAUCUUGGUCCAAUUCAUAAGAGUUGUCUAGUCGGUGAAUAUAUUAAACUAAUAUUACUAGACCAUCAUACCACUAGAAUAUGAUGUUAUAAACAUAUACGACCGUAGGAAUUGAUGCGUAUGACGUGGAUUUCAAUUUUGAAAUUUUGAAAACGUAUUAUGACUCUUUAGAUUCAUUACUGUUAUAUGUUAGAUUUUUUUUUUUAUUUCAAUUCUCUAAAGUAAAAGUCAAAAUAGGCUUUAAAAAUAUAUUUGUUAAAAAUGUUUCAAAAAUACAAUCAAAUUUUUUUACAAUUUUUGGCAAAACUAUUACAUUUCCAUUUCCAUCGUAUUGAUAUCCGCCGAUAUUCCAACAGUUUCGUCUGACUUUUAAGCGAUUAAUUAAAUCGAUUAAAACAUAUACACCGAUUCCCAUAACCGAGUCGAUAUUAUUUUAUCCGUGCACUCGCCUCGUCUCGACUAAAAAUGUAUAUACAAUAAUAAUGUUAUACAGUAAAACCGAAACCUCCGCUAAAGGAAGACUCGGACGUGACAAUGGGGUCUAUCACGCAGAUUACAACUAUUCCACCGACGUUCGACGAUGUGACCACAAAACACACUCCAGCGGUCAAACUGUGCGCGCUCCCGGCGACUCCGCAGGAAGACCGCGGUCUGAACAAAGAAAGUGGAUUUAGAUUCGGUACGUCGUCGAUAAUAUGUUACUUAAAACGGCCGUGCAUUUAGGCGGUUUAGUUUUUUUGUCAUUUUUUUCUUAUCCGCCCGUUCGUUAUCUUUCAGGAAACGCUGUGGGAAGUCGGUUCGUAUUCGAUGUGCCGGACAUGAAAGCCAAACACAAUAAAAAUGAAGCGUUCUCGGUGGACGUGAAGACUACCGACCCGGAGGGCAUAAUAUUUUUCGCAUAUCAACAGGGUGGUACAGAUAUAAUGGCUGUUUAUCUUAAAGACGGACAGGUAAUCUAUCCAGAUUCUAUAUAGAAAACAAUAUAUGCAAUAAUAUCCUAAUGCAAUUUAAUAUUUUUUUUGACAAACAUUCUCUUCUUCUCCAAACUCCUAUUCAAUCAAAUUGAUUCACCUUCAUUAUUUGCUGAAAUUUCUUUCCGUGUUCCUUUACGCGAAACUCGGUCUUCUGUUCCUUUUCACAUUCCUCAUUUUACCUCCGAUUUCCUUUCAAAUGCUCGUAUGAUCCGUCUUCCUUGACCAGCUGACCUUGGUCCCUCUUUCUCAUUAAAAAAACUGUUGUAAUGCGUUGUUUAUAAUACAUAUGUUAUAUUUUCAUGUUUUAUAAUAAAUUGGACUCAGUCCGUUUUGUUUCAAAAUAAAUAAAUAAUUUUUUAUACAUUACAUAGGUUCACUAUCAAUUAAGUUGUAAUUCUGUGCCAACGACGAUCAUAGCCCAGAUACAUGCCAAUGAUGGAGAAUGGCAUUCGAUCAUGUGGACCCGGUCUAACUCGAAUGCUCAACUGUUCGUCAACAAUAUGUCUGUCGGAUCCAGUGACAUGGUUGAAUGUAAAUUGAACAUAUCUUCGCCCUUCUAUUUCGGAGGCACCAGGCCGUCGGAUUACGCGCGAGUAAUCGAAUCAAUAGUAAGCAAUAGAUAUUUCAAUUAUCUAGCAACCUAAGUAUAAAUGACUAAAAAUAAAAAUACCAGAACAUUUUAAAAAUCUAUAACACCUCCUGGAAAUAAAAAAAAAUUUUGAUUUCAACAGAAACCGAGUGUGUUAAUAGCCCGUAAUCAUGUCCCUUUUUCCGAAGAGUCUUUUAGAUAUUUCCCCAUUAUCAAAAAAAAAAAAAAAAAUUUUUACAAAGGUUAUUGAAUAAUACCCUCAUCUAUACCCAGUGCGCUAAUUAUACGAAAAUUCGAUACUAUAAACCACCGCCAAUGCUGAUGAUUGGAACGAAUCAAAAACUUAUUUACAGAUAGAAUUUAAAUGUCAAACCGAUAUUAUGCUUAUAAGACGAGACUAUAAUAUUGUUAUUGUUAUUGUUUACAGGGAAUGAAUGCUACGUUUAUGGGCUGUCUGCGCAAGUUUAUGAUUUUUUCCAAAGAUAGGCAACCCGAUCAUAAAUACGGCGUGACCAAAUGUUCGAACAAAGUGGAAAAAGGAGCGUUCUUCCACGGAAACGGCGGUUACAUUAGAUUAUGUACGUACAUAUUUUAUAAACGAAAUUUCCAAUACGUUUUCAAAUACUUUAACGGAAAUGCAUUAUGCGAAAUAUAUAAACAUUUCAGCUGAAGCAUUCAGUUUGGGUAAAAACGUGAUCAUUUCGUUAUCCAUUAAACCCCGGAGCAUAAACGGAAUUUUGAUGUCGAUGCAAACGACUGAUAAAGUCAACUUGUUAUUGGAAAUGAAAAACGGAACGAUAUCAUUCACAGUAGACGUCGGCAAAGGUUCGAUGUCCACUUCUUACACGCCACCGUCGCCGUACCUAUUAUGCGACGGCCAAUGGCAUUCGAUCAGAGGUCAGUAUAUUUAUAGAUUUUGAUUUAUUGUUGAAUUUCGCCCGAAAAUAGAAACCCUGUAUUGCGCUAUGUAGGAAGUCUGAUAUAAUAUUGAUCUAUCUUUCUUCCGCUACACCUCUAGCGGAUCACUCCGAAAAAAAUGAGCCCAAACUCGGAAAUUAGAUUUAUUAUGUAGGAGGGAUUGAAGUGAUAAAAGUUAGGUUUAAUUUCAAUAUUAACUCCAGAAUUUGAGGAAGUUUCUUCAGUUUUUAAUGGCCCUACAGACCUCCAGAUAAAUGUAGAGGUUGCAGUUUUACAUAAUAUAUGUUAUUUUAGUGUCGAGGACUUGAGAUUUUGGUGGUUUAAACAUUCAACUCUGCCGUUUUAAGCUGAAAUUAAAAAUGUCUUUUAUUUUGAAAGCAAUGCUUAUAUGGUUGUAGUAAAUUCGUGGGCAUUUAUUAUUUCACAAAGAAUAUUUGAUAUAAUACAAUCAACUCACACGCUCCAAACAAAUCGGAAAAUUAAUUGAUUUCACCGUUUGAUAGGAUUUUAGAAGACAAAUCUGAAUUUGUAGUCAGUCCUUUUUAAAAUGCAUAAGAACCGAUAUAAAUUUAACCGGAAAGUUACGGUUUUUGUCUCAUACCUAAUAAUUCCGUUUGAUUAUGUAAGUUUUGAUACUGAACCCAGUAUUUAACCUGUGUCAAUAAACACAUGAUUCAUAACACAUUUUGACUUUUAUCAAAACUCGGUUGUUUCUUACUUUAGAGUAAAAACUUACAUGUUCCAAAAAUAAUUUUUCUUUAAGCGUAUUGAUUUAUACAAUACUCAAUAGAUUGCAAGGGGGGGAGGAUUUGAUUCUAUAUAAAAUGACGGAGCUCUGCUGUUCGUGGGGGGUGUUUUUACAAGAUUCGCGUGUAAUUUUGUGUUAUAACUAAUACACUAAUAAUAAUAUACUAAUACCCCCGGUAAUUCUUCUGUACAGCCAAAAAACUAAAGAACACCGUGCAACUGGAAAUAGACAACAUAUUCAUGGAACCUGUGAAAAUUAAAACUGGACCGAGCACUUCGAUAGAUGUACAGGUGUUCAUCGGUGGAUAUCCGAACAGUGACCAAUCCAACAAAUACUUGGGAUGUAUACGAAAUAUACAGUUAAUAAACAGCGUCAAUAGUAUGAAAACGUUCGACAAGUUCCCGAAUCAGUUGGUACAAGGCAAUGUGACGUUGAGUGUCUGUCCGACAAUUUAGAGUUACUAAGUUAUAAUAUUAACAUUAUAUUCAUUAUAAAACUCAAUUAUGAUAUAUAGGUAUAUAUAUAUAUAAUAAUAAUUAUACAUGUGUAUAUAUAUAUAUAUAUAUAUAUAUAUAUAUUUUGUAAAUAAUAUUAUAUUUAAAAAAAAAAAAAAAAAAACGAGCAAACAAAAUAAAUGUACAAAAUAGGAGUGCCCGCACGUUUAAAACCAAGUAAGUGUAAGACAAUAAUAUUACGAUUUAUUAAUAAUUAGUUCGAUAAAACUAAUUGAUUAACGCAAACACAAUGCGACUUUCUAAACGGAUUUCGAACGUACAAUACUAUAAUAUUAUAAUUAUUUAUGAGUAUUGUACAAAAGCGUAUUGCGCGCUGUGUUUUCAAACAAAUCGCAUGUAUUCCGAAUAUAACAUUAUAAUAAUUUAAAUGUAGGUACUAUACAUACCUGCGAUAUAAUAUACACAUUUAGAUAAAUAAGAAAAUGUUCUGUUUUCGGUAUUCUGGUAAUGUGUUUUCCCGCACUCAUAUUUCUUUUUCUUCUUCUACAGGCGCCUAUCUGAUUUUGAAUCAGCAAUGACCACGUUUCAGAGUUUUUGAUUGCGAAACAACUCUGACCAGCUGUUUCCGAACCAUACCAUCAGAUUUUGAAGCCACGAUAUUCUUCUUCUGCCGAGUACUCUCUUUCCAAAUGUUUUCUUCAACAAAACGGAUUGAAAUUUAGAAUUCCUAAUCUCAUUUCUCAUUAUGCGCCUUAGGUGUUGGAGCUUUAAAGAACAAGAUAGUUAUUAAAACCAAAACAUGGCGUGCUUGUAUGCUCUACAUACGGUUUUCCCCUAUUUUAUGUGAUCCAUUUUUUAACCACAUAACUUGAUCCAAUCAGAAACUUUGUAGGAGAUUUUUCAACGCUAAUAGGCAAGCUAUUUUUGAAAUUUCUCAUACUUUUAUUAAUCAUCAGUCUCUAAAUAAUCUGAGCUACUCCGGUUCGGGCUUAGAUUAUUGUUCUUAAACCUUUUUCAUACUACUUAUUCACCAG